AUGGCGCGCCAAGGGCAGUCGGACAUUGAGAUAGCCGAUGAAACAUUCAAAGAAUGCUGGGAUCAAUUUCAAAACUGGGCGGCCCGUCACAUUUCAGAGACGUUACGUUUUGACCAGCUCGCCAAUCUCGAUGACGAAGACGAGGAGGAACUCGACGAGAGUUUGUUCCAAGCUAGUCUCCAGAGUGGUACAGCUCAUAAAGUAGGACAAGAGCUUCGGGCUUUGUAUUAUGAUCCCGUGGAAAUCGAUCUAGAAGACGAGCUUCUCGAACCGACGGUUGGGCCUUCUCCUAGCUCUGCCCUUUGGAUGAACAGGUUUACGACAAAAACAAUUCCUCAGUAUAGCAGCUUCUCGCACUUGCGUCAACAAAACUACAUUCGUGGUGACAUCUGGGUUCAGACUCGCACCGGAGAACGAAUCAGAGUGGCUACUGGUGAUGAUGAAGAGAUUGAAGUCCAAGUUCAAGCUCAGAUCGAGGAUGAGAAGAAGAAAAGGGGGAAGGGUAAGGGUAAAGGGAAGAAGAAUGACGAUAAAGAGCCAGAACCAGAGCCUCCGGUCAUGGUUAAUGAAGGGCGAAUGGACCCUGUGGACGCACGGCGAAGGAUUCGAAAGCAGAAGCUAGUUAACCUUGGGGCGGGCGACAAUCCGGCCAACAACCAAGAGUCGAUGCCCUUUAUACCACCGGAAAUGAAACGCCGGAACGCGAAGAAUAUAAUGCUGAGUUAUGAAGCAUCCUUUCUGGAUAUUGAAGCCUGGCAACAUUUCGCCGUUGGUUGGACAAUGAUGAGGAUAUUAUUGGAGCAGAAACUAUCCGUCGACUAUUUUGAAGCUCAAGAAGCUGACAAUCGCCGAGGCCGUGGCCCUCAGACUCCUCGAUGGAGAAAGCCGACCGUGUCGGCACACAAGCUCUUGCUCAGUUUUAAACGAUUGAAAAGGGCACGAUGCGGAAACAACUGUUUCUCCUUUUCUUUCGGAACUUCUGAAGGCGAUUCGAGCCUUGAUAUAAUCGAGCUGGAAUCCGAGCCGGACGCACGGGUACAAGCCGAUGCCGACAAGUACAUCCUCUUGCAAUUUUUCCGGCUUAAAUUAACGGGUGUUAGGCCUAGGAGCCUUGAUAUAAUCGAGCUGGAAUCCGAGCCGGACGCACGGGUACAAGCCGAUAUCGAGACUAUAUGGAGGGUCGAUCCGGACGCAAUGCCUUGUGAUGUAGCAGAAUUAAGCUGGGACAAGGUUACCUGCCGACAAGCCUACGAUAUUCGAAAUAGACUAUAUAGCGAUUUAUCAGAGCCCGAGCCGGACGAGGAUCAUCCUGAAUUUGAGGAAAGAAGGGGAGGAGGAUCAAUCAGGAAGCAUACCCCGCACUUGAAGAAUGCGAUCACCCUGGACCUUGCUACAAGAACCCUCACUGCUCUUGCUAUGCUUCAAACCGACAUUGCAUUCGGGACUGCAAGUGUGACACCAAGAACUGUAAAGAUAGUUUUCUCAAAGCCUCCCGGUACUGAUACCUUGAGGGCAGGCAAACAGCGUCGCAGAGGGUGUGAUUGCAAAGCAGACUCGAAAACAGAUACAUGUAGAACUGAGGGCCGUAAUGGGUGCAAAUGCUAUAACGCGGAAUGGAGUGUGACCCAGAUCUUUGUACGGGGUGCAAAGCUCGAUGGAGGGCCGUGUAUGAACGUUGGGAUCCUGAUGAAGCAAUGGAAGCAAACUGUUGUCAAGCCCAGUCAAUACGGCAAUGGCCUGUUCCUCGUUGGCAACGUAGUCAAAAACACUCUCAUCUCCGACUACACGGGCGACAUUUGCCUUCCGCGAACUGCUCUUCGAAGAAGUCUAGUUGCUGAUGCGACGCACCGGAAUUACCUAUUCGAUAUUCCAAACUACUCGCUGGUCAUUUGGAACGGCAACGAGCUAUUCUUGCACUAUGGUAGCAGAUACUGGAACUCUGAAAUGCCUGGAGGGGAACCUGGAGCUGCUGACCCAGGAGAGCAAGAUUCCGAUGAGCUCGGAUCAGAAGUUGAUGAAUUGUAUGACGAAUCGAAGAUACCGAACAAGAGGUCGAGUAUGAAGCAGAAGAAAGCUCAGAUUCAUCCGCUGAUUUAUGAAGACAUGGAUGAUUUUGACAUCUUUGACGAACCAAAAAAAUUAAACUACAUGCCCUACCGCCAGUACUUGCGACACAUGAGCUAA